AUGGCGGCGGCAGCGCGAAAGCACGGAAGCCUCGACGACGACGGAGGAGAAGAAAAAGAAGCAGGCGUGGUUCUCCAUGGUGACGUCCUCGAGCUCACGCUCUCGCACGUGCCCCUCGUCGACCUCGUCCCCGCCGUCCGCGUCUCCCGCUCCUGGAGCCUCGCCGUCUCCUCCUCCCUCCGCCACCUCCGCCGGCCCCGGCCGUGGCUCCUGGUCCACUACCAGAGCGCGCGGCCGCCCCACGCCGUCUCCGCGCGCGCCUACGACCCCCGCUCCCGUGUCUGGAUGGACCUGGAGGCCGGCCCCGGCGCCGCGGCGGCGGCGAAGCUGCUGGCGUCGGCCCCUCUCCGGUCGUCGCACUCGGCGCUUCUCUACGGGGUCUCCCCGGCACGGCUCUCCUUCUCGCCCGACCCGCUCCACCUGACUUGGCGUCACGCGAGCCCUCCCUCCGCGUGGCGGGUCGACCCGGCCGUCGCUCUCGUCGGCAGCCGCCUCGUCGUCGCCGGCGGCGCCUGCGACUUCGAGGACGACCCCCUCUCCGUUGAGGUUUAUGACACGCGGGCCGGCACGUGGAGCGCGUGCGACCCCAUGCCCGCCCCGCUCAAGGACUCCUCUGCAUCCCUGUGGCUCUCCGUCGCCGCCAACGGCUGGAGGAUGUACGUCAUGGAGAAGCUGACCGGCGCGACCCACGUGUUCGAUCCGGAGGCAGGGGCGUGGUUCGGGCCGUACGACCUGCGUCCGGACCGCCACGUUUUCUACUCCGUCAUCAGUUUCGCCGGCGACCGCCUGAUCGUGGCAGGGCUCCUGGGCAAUUCGGAGGACGUGAAGGGCCUGAAGCUGUGGGGAUCGACAGCAGUGGGGUGGACGAACUCGAAGAGAUCUGCGACAUGCCGGAGGAACUGGUGA